AUGGCGCAAAAGCAGACCACGUUCCCUCCGGGACAUGAUGACACAAGCCCUUUCCAACACUCACAUUCGCCCGCCGAACAUGCCGCGCUGAUACAGUCGCGCGAGACGGGCGACAUCCUCCCAGACGACACGCCUGUGAAAGGAGGAGUCAAGGCUUUGCCGUUUGCAAAGUCCUGGGUGCACUUUAUGGCCGGAGGUGUCGGCGGAAUGACUGCUGCCACCCUGACCGCACCCCUCGACGUGCUCAAGACUCGACUGCAAUCCGACAUCUACCAAGCCCAGCUCCGAGCCUCGCAAACCAUGCAGGCGCAAUCGCGAAAUCCCAUCCGCGCCGCCAUGUACCAUCUCACAGACACAAUACGCAUUCUCGGUGUCGUCCGACAGACAGAAGGCGUCAGCGCUCUCUUCAAGGGCCUCGGCCCCAACCUGGUCGGUGUUGUCCCUGCGCGAAGCAUCAACUUUUACGUAUACGGCAACGGCAAGCGAAUCCUAGCAGAGAACUGGAACAACGGCCUCGAAUCGCCGUGGGUGCACAUGCUUGCCGGUGCUGCUGCUGGUAUCACCACCUCGACAGUGACCAACCCCAUCUGGAUGAUCAAGACGCGCCUACAGCUCGACAAGAACAUGUCGGAACGAAGCGGCGGCGAGAUGCACCGCCAGUACAAGAACAGCUACGACUGCACAAAACAGAUUCUCAAGGAGGAGGGCGUGCGCGGCCUGUACAAGGGCAUGAGUGCCAGUUACCUCGGUGUCGUCGAGUCUACCAUCCAGUGGGUCAUGUACGAGCAGCUCAAGGCCUACCUUGCGCGCCGUGAGGUUCUCAUUGAGCAGUCGGGCCGCGAGAAGACGAAGCUGGACUCCGUCGUCGACUGGAUCGGAAAGCCCUUUGCUGCUGGUGGCGCCAAGCUCUUUGCUGCCAUCCUGGCCUACCCACACGAAGUAGCCCGCACGAGAUUGCGACAGGCCCCCAUGGCCAACGGCCAGCUCAAGUACACUGGACUGAUUCAGUGCUUCAAGCUCGUCUGGAAGGAAGAGGGCAUGAUGGGUCUGUACGGUGGCCUCACGCCGCAUCUCAUGCGUACCGUGCCCAGCGCGGCCAUCAUGUUUGGCAUGUACGAGGGCAUCUUGCGCCUCUUUAACACUCCGGCAUAA